AUGGUAUUGGACGUCAUAAAUUCCUCUGUGUUGAAAAUCAUCCAACCGUAUAGAAAAUGGAUCAUAGAAAAUCCGCAACUAUUGUGCGAGAUUGAGAACAUGGUCCAUUGUUUACCUUACUUCACAGCUGGUCAUUUUAACAACUCUACUUUUGUGUCGGAACUGUUGUACUCGACUUCGAACUUAAUAGUGCUCUUUAAUGAUCUGCUGAUGUGCAGUAGUAAAUGUGUCAAUUUGAAGUUUCCCCAGAUCGAGACGAAAAUUAAGAUAUGGCUAACCGUGGUAGAGUACACGGAAGCUCUCAUCGAGAUCUCCGCAAAGAAAUUAUGGGGACAAACUGGGAAAUGGUUCAUGAUCGUUGUUGUACAAUUGUUUAAAACUGUAUUGAGACUUAUGUUGAUUCAUAUCUACAAGGAACGUGUAACCAAAAGCCCUCCCAUACAGCCACUUAACAGAGAGAAGUUAAACGACUCACACAGUGAUAAAUUAGGGGAAGGAUUUAAACUAAAACGUUCUGGUACCAUUGUUAGAAGUAUAAGAAGCAUCAAUCAUUCAUAUGUGCGCACUUGGAAACCACUUUCUUCUGAUGUUCAGAAUAAUGAUAAUUUAAAUAGGUCUCCAGUAUCAGAAAAGAACUUGAUAUUAGCCGAGACUCUUUAUGUUCUAAAACCAUUAUUCCACUUGGGAUGUAUAUCUGUCACCAGAGAAAAACGUUGGCCACCAUGGUUGUUAUCGCUUGCUAUCGAUUUAUUCAGUUUAAAGAUAAUUAAUGAUCAAACGAAAAAUAUGUCGUUUAGCAAGGAAGAGGAGAAGGAGUUCUUCCGGCGAAGAGUUGCUUUGCUGCUUUACAUGCUAAAAUCACCGUUUUAUGACAAAUACAGCCGCAUUAGAAUAUACGCUAUCCUAACGACACUUUCCAAAACGGUGCCUUUAGCUAGAUUUUUGACAGAGCCGAUAAAAAAAUACUUGCCACAUUGGCAAAGUACAUACUUUUACCUCUGGUCAAGUUAGUUUAUGAAGUUUAUAAAUUUAUUAAAUAUUUUAAGUGGUUUUUGGUAUAUCUUAUUUCUGUGGAAGGUUAUGGAGAAAGAAUAACGAUAAUUACAAACUCAAAAAGGAAAAUAAGUUUGACAUGGUUGACUUUUAUUAUAAAUGAGAUGAAAGCGUCAGCAAAUGUCGAAAAAUUUUUAUUUACCUUAGGUGAUGGUAAAGUACUUUACAAUUUAUUGAAGCAUUUAACAAUUAAUAGAUUUAUUAACACUUUCUCGGCAGGAUAUUUCAAGUAGAAAUUUUGGGCACGUUUAGAAUCCUUAAGACGGCAGUGGUCGUCGUAUGUACGAAAUAUUAUUAAAAUUAUCAUUAUGAAAAUCUUAUAAUAUCGGUAUAAUAAUCAUACGUAUUAUUUUAAUAGAUAUUUUUACUUAGUUAUAUUGAUGUUUAAGCAAACGUGACGCCCGCCGUGAAAGUUUUAAUAUAUUUUACAUUCAAUAGAAAAGUUACAAAUAUUAUUCCAACUAUAGGAAAAUGGAGAGUCGUCAUUCUAUUUUUGUGAAUACUGUGUUUCAAUCAAAGUUGUAUACUUGAUUGUAUACGUUUAUAUAUUUGUUGGUAUAUUCUGUGUAAGCAUAUGUGAGUAUAAUAUUUUUGUAAUUAAUAAGUUUUCAAACAUAAAAAUAUAUAAAUAUACAUGUUUAUUGUUUUAUAUUAAUAUAUUAUUUUUAUAAAUAGUAAAAUCUAAAUAUAAAUUUUUUAACGAAUACUUGAAACUUUUUAUGCUACUUAUGUACAACAAAAUGUAUACAACUAUAUAUAUAUAUAUAACGAAAACAAAAACACAGGAUCAAUGAAUAUAUAAAAGAUUAAAAGAGAUAUUUCAUUAAAAAAUAUAUUUCCAUGCCCAAUAUGUUCUAUAGAUUCCCUUGUAUUAAAAGACACUAAAUGUUAAUAUACCACAAAAUGCAUGGCGAUAAUUUGCAAAUAUAUUACAUCUUAAAAGAAAUACAGCAUAGCAGAAAAUACAAAUAUGGCCUUUGGAAUUAAAUAGCAAUUUGCAUAAAAAAUUACUUAUUCACACAUUUGGAGUAAUGAGUUUAUAGUUACAUCUUUCUUUCCAUUAUUUGCAUCAUAAACUGAUUUAAUUACCUCUUUGUCCACAUUUGGGAACAUCUCUGAAAUCUGUAAAUUAUACGUUAUUAUACAAGAUCUGUUGCAGAAAAAAAAAUGAAAUUAUUAUUUUUUUUUAUAAUACCUGCUUUAAUUCAACUUCAGCAUUUGGCAUAGAACUGGGAACAGGUGGUACUGAAGCUGUAGGUGGUGCUGUAUAA